GGGGCCUGCGCGGACGCACAUAGAACCCUGAAAUUCAUUAUGCGUUUAAAACCCUUAUUUAUUUCCGCAUAACCUACAUACUCUCGCCAGGAGGCCAAAGCGGAAAAACAACGAUUCUACAAAAUUAUAAAUACUUCGUUGCAACUAUCAACAGAUUGUAGGGAUUUCUAAUUAGCCGGAAAGAAUUUAGUUAAGACACUGUAGAUUGUAAUUUAUUAAGAAAAUGUCCGGAGAGAGAAACCGCAGGUCGCUGGCUUUCCGAGGAGGUGGAUUAGCAGCGACCGGUCCCAGUGGUAGCGGAGGCAGCAACAGCAACAGCUGGGAGGCCCAGGCUUGUCAGGACCGACAUUUGAACGGGAACAGGCCAGAUCAAGACGAGGAUAGGGUUCUGGGGGCAAAAGGACCAUCGCUUGGGAAAGUAGAGGGUGGGGGGUCCGUUGGCGAUAGCACAGAACCAGAGGCGGAGGAAGAAGAGGACCCGGAAGGGGGUAACUCGCUAGCUAGGGACGGUGGGGAAGACCGGGUCGGCUGGACGACGGUGUCGGUCGGAGAAGACGGGUCGAGGGAAGGUGGCAUUUGGACACCGGGGAACGGCCUGAACACGGAGGAUCGGACUGGCUUAGGGAGCGGUGCCACGGGAUCUGAGGACGAUAAAGGCGAAGCCGGGAGCGGGGGAGAUACGGAGGAAACGGGUGUCAGGAAACCUAUGGUAGAAAUGAGACCGCAGACGCUACUCCAAAAACACUCGCUAUUUCAAGGCUCCUGGUUACAGGAAUUUCCAUGGCUAAAAUUCUGCCAAGAGACCGGACUUAUGUCUUGCUCCUGGUGCCACAACAUUGCCACUAACAACAGCGAUGAGCUGGUCAAAGGCAGUCGGAAUUACAAGCGGGCCUUGCUGCUGAGACAUCACCUGUCCUCGGAACACGGGCGGAAUGACCCGACAAAACAGGAGGUGGAGCGCGUGGAGAGUCCGGCGCAGGGCUCGGUGGACGGCGAGGACUCCCGGCGACCUCAGGAGAGCUCGUACUGCUACCAGCUGCUGCAGGAGCUGGACAAGCAACGCAAGAGCGGCAUCCUGUGCGACGUCAGCGUCGUGGUCAGCGGCCAGGCCUUCCGCGCGCACAAGAACAUCCUGGUGGCCGGCAGCCGCUACUUCAAGACGCUCUUCUGCCUGACCAAGAGCGAGGGCCCCGCGGGGGGGACGGGCGCGGCCGGCCCAGAGCAGUCCGACGUCACGCAUCUGGACGUGGCGGCCGUGCAGGGCUUCUCCGUCAUCCUCGACUUCCUGUAUUCGGGGAACCUCCUGCUGACCAGCCAGAACGCCAUCGAGGUCAUGUCCGUCGCCAGCUACCUGCAGAUGACCGAGGUGGUGCAGUCGUGUCGGGCGUUCAUCAAGGACGCCUUGAACAUCAGCAUCAAGCAGGAGGCCCCCGACUCGGUGGUGGUGGACUACAACAAGCGCCGCACGGUGGCCAAGGACGGGACUACAUGCGGCGGGGGAGGGGGCGGCUCGGACAAGAAGCCCAGCAACUUCUGGGCCACCAGCAUCCUGUCCAAGCUGUCAAUCAAAGCCAGCGCGCAGGUGCAGGUGAAGGAGGAGCCCAGCGACGCCAGCGAGGUGUCGGCCAAUGACAGCUGCGCGCCGGGCGGCGGGGACACGCCCGAGUCCACGGACGAGGCGGAGAUGAUGAUGAUGGGGGCGGGCGCGGCGCCGGUGUUCGUCUGGAACGAGCCCGCGCUGGCCACGGGGGUCAGCGUCAAGCCGGAGCCGGGCCGCACCCGCACCGAGCCCGGCAGCGGCCGCAGGAAGAGGCAGACCACGCGCCGCUUCGUCUACAACAUCCCGCCGGAGCCUGAGCCCGAGGAGGGCUUUGACCAGGGCAUGUUCAUCCAGCCGUCCGCCUCCUACACGCGCGAGGACUACUUCCUGUCCGACACCGCCGGCGAGACGGCGGACGUGGCCCUGAACAAGCUCAAGUGUCCGCACUGCAACUACAUCGCUAAGCACCGCCGCACGCUCAAGCGCCACCUCAUCAUCCACUCCGGCGUGCGCUCCUUCAGCUGCGACAUCUGCGGCAAGCUCUUCACCCGCCGAGAGCACGUCAAGAGACAUUCCCUGGUGCAUAAGAAGGACAAGAAGUACAAGUGCAUGGUGUGUAAGAAGAUCUUCAUGCUGGCGGCGAGCGUGGGGAUCCGUCACGGCUCGCGGCGCUACGGCGUGUGUGUGGACUGUGCCGACUCCCACCAGGCGUCCCAGGAGGCACUGCAGGAGCUGGAGCUCUCGCGCGGGGACGACGACGACUUCGAGGGCGACGACGACAUGAUGGCCGAGGACAACGACGAGCCCGGCGACGGCGACCACGACAACGACAACGACAACGAGCCCAUCCACUGGGACGCCGAGGCCACCGUCACCCCCGACGACGACUAACACGCGUAACACACACACACACACACACACACGUGCGCAGAGAGACAUUGCUGAUGCGCUACGUAACGAUUUUCACGUCAUUACCAAACGCCGUCGUGACGUGAAACACACAAAGCAAAACAAGAUUUAAGACGUACAAAGUUUUUAACUAAAGAAAAUAAACAAAGAUUUAUAUAUGAAAAACAAAAAAAACUAAACUAAUAGCUGGGAAACAAUCAAUCAACUCCAAAGUGCUAACCAAACCUCAUGGUGGCUAUUGUACGCGAAGACGGGCAAAAAAACCAACAGAAACCUAAUAUAUAUAUAUAUAUAUAUGAUAUAGAGUAUAUAUAUGUAUCUCUAAAGCUUUUGGUAGUGAGGGACUCCAAGAUGUGUAGAUGUGUAACCGUGCGGAGGAAAGACGUGAGGAGGGCGGAUCUCUGAAAUCAGGUGUUUUCUUCGUGUUCCUGGUGGUGUAUUUUAUCUGUAGCGGUCGACAGUGUACAGCGUUUUAAGUUACGAUAGGCCAAUCAUCUUAAAAAAGAAAUGUUAAUUAUUUAAUUUAUGAAGAAAAAAAAACGUUUUUAUGGUCUUACUGAAUGAUAUGUAAUUUCUUUUCUUUUCUUGUCGUUGUGUGUCUGCUGUUCGAAAGUUCCGUUUCAUUUUGACUUCUGUCAAAUCUGAACGUCUAUUGCUUUGAUAGAUUCAUAGAGAGAGAGAGUGAAAGACAGAAAGAGAGAGAGAGAGAGAAAAGAGUGCACAAGAAAGAUUGAUUAAAGUGAGAGUUAUGGAUCUAUAGCCAACAGGAAGAUUGUAUAUUUCUCUUUGGCUCGUGGCGUGUCACUGUCCUGAAAGAAAUCCAGAUUAUUUUAUAUUCCUUUUAUUAUUACCAUGGUGAUGAUGAUGGUGAUGACGAUGACGAUGAUGAUUCUAAUUCUAUUUGUUGUUCUGAUCGCUCCCUGGCACUCGUCUUGGAUCCAAACGUCUGAUUGGCCGCUCACGCUGCAGCCCUAUUUAUGCAUUAAGUUAUGGAGGCUGAGCCACCGUGCCAAGCAGACAGCACACCAAGACAGUGCAGGACACACACACACACACACACACACACACACACACACACACACACACACACACACGAAACUACUGAACCAUGCUGAGAGAGAGAAACCUAGAGCAAAAGUGUAAAGAGAGAUAAAUAAUCUAAAAAAAAAAAAAAGCAUUUUAUAUAUAAAAAAAGUAAAAGUUUAAGAAAAGACUAAAGAUUUUAAGGGGAAUUACUAUUGCUAGCUUUAUAUGACCCACGCGUCACCGUAACACUUUAUAGAGCAUUUUGACAUUCACUUAAAGCUUGAAUUUUUGCCAAAUGACUGAGACAUUUGGUGCUGUAAU